AUGGCCGUCUACUCGUUCUAUAUCUUUGACCGCCACGCGGAAUGUAUCUACAAACGCCGCUGGCUCCCUCGGCCGACCUCGAUCGUGGGGAAAUCCUCACGCUCCGCCUCUGAGACCCCGACCCCGGGCCUCGGCCAGACGGUGCGGUCCACGGAUGAUGAUUCAAAGUUAGUGUUUGGGACGGUGUUCUCGCUGCGGAAUAUGGUGCGCAAACUGGGCGGCGAAGAGGACAAUUUUAUCUCGUAUACCACCAGCCAGUACAAGCUCCACUACUACGAGACGCCCACCAAUAUCAAGUUCGUCAUGCUCACGGACCUCAAGAGUCCGAGCAUGCACAUUGCGCUGCAGCAGAUCUAUAUCAAUCUCUUUGUGGAAUACGUGGUGAAGAAUCCACUUUCGCCGACCGAGCAUCCCGGUGGGGUGGGCGUCAACAAUGAGCUUUUUGAGGAGUCUCUAGAACAGUUCGUGGACAGUGGGAUGAGGUGCUCCGUACACCGCUACGGCCUAAGGAUGGCGCCGGCCGAGUACCUGCAUGAACAGCGUGCUCGGCUGAACAUGACACUUCAGAGGUUGCGCAUCAUCCAACACCGCCUUUUUGAGCCGUGGCCUGUCAUCGAGAGUCGUGUCGCACGUGGGAGUGAACUGCCCGAGAAAGGAAAACUGCGUUCCCUGGCCAGUCGAGUGGCAUUGUAUACACGGGAAUAG